AUGUCCAAAUUCGAGCCUUUGAAAUGGGGCAUCCUCGCAACCGGCGGCAUCGCCGAGACCUUCGCCCGCGACCUCUUCCCCUCCCCCUCCACCCGGGGCGUCAACGACAUCUCGCAUGUCGUCGUAGCAGCCGCAUCCUCCUCCUCCGCCGACCGAGCUCAAGAAUUCCUCAAAGAAGUCCGCGCCCCGGACUCAGCAAAAGCCUAUGGCAGCUACAAAGAGCUGGUCAACGACCCGAACGUCGACUGCAUAUACAUCGCGACGCCGCACUCGCAUCACUAUCAAAAUUGUCGACUGGCGCUGGAGGCGGGCAAGAAUGUAUUGUGUGAAAAGGCGUUUACGACGAAUGCGAAGCAGUUGGAGGUGUUGAUUACGAUUGCGAGGGAGAAGAAGUUGUUUUUGAUGGAGGCUGUCUGGACCCGAUACUUUCCCCUCUCGAUCUACGUCCGCGACAUCAUCACCUCUGGCAAAAUCGGUACUGUCCACCGCACGACCGCCGACCUCUCGAUUGGCGCCCCGCCUGAAUCCACCUUCGCCGACUCCCACCGCAUGGUCAACCCUCACCUUGCAGGCGGUGCCCUGCUCGACCUAGGAAUCUACGCCUUGACAUGGGUCUUCCAAACCCUCUACCUCACGCAAUCGAAACCCACGCCUCCUACCGUGGUGAGCAGUAUGGAGAAGUACAAGACCGGCGCGGACGAGCAGACGCUCAUGCUCUUGACAUUCCCGCGAGAAGGUCUUCCAGCAGCUCACGGCGUAGCAAGCACAGGCUUCAGAACCUCAUCAAACGUGGACAGCACACCCUCCAUCCGCGUACAAGGCGACAAAGGCGAAAUCCAAGUCUUCCACCCCGCGUUCCGCCCCACGAAGACUCGGCUCAUCCUCUCGGACGGCACAGUCGAGGAGAAGGAGUUCCCGAUCCCAGGUGAAGGACAGGGCAUGUUUUGGGAAGCGGACGAGUGUGCGUAUGCGAUUCGGGACGGGAGGAAGGAGGGACGAUAUGAGAGUUUGGAGGAGAGUUUGACGAUUAUGAGGGUUAUGGAUGAGGUGAGGAGGCAGAAUGGGUUGGUGUUUCCGGAGAAGAUUGAGACGACGCAGUAUCCGGUGGAGUUGUAG